AUGCGUCUCACAUCACUUGUAGCUUUCCUUCCUGCUCUGGCCCUGGCCCAGGAACAGGUUCCCCUGGCCGAUCGUGUCCAGGGUUGGUUCAACAAGGCCAAGUCAUAUGUGCCUGCUGCUGCCCCAGCUGAUCCCGUCGUCAAGGUGGCUGAGAAACUGUCCGAGACCCGUGUCACAGAUGUCACUCUGAACAACUGGGAAUCUGUCCUUGCCCCUGGACCCGAGGACAGAGACUUGCUUGUCUUCAUCACUGGAGGCAAUAAUACCUGCUUCAAUCGCUGUGAACACGCCACCAACGCGUUUAAAGAAUCGACUCUCCUGUUCUCCGCUGAUGCCACGUCCCCCGAACUUGCUCUGCUGGAUUGCGAGAGUGAGCGCGUUCUCUGUGCUGCCUGGGCCUGUGGCGCUCCUUCCGCCUACUACUUCCAGAUCCCCAAGGUCCAGCCUGAGGGUGAGGAGCGCCCGCUCACCCCAUUGCACGUCGUCUAUAUGAACUCCACCACCGUCACCCCCGAGGAGCUGUACCAGAUCCACUCCAAGAAGACAUUCCAGCAGUCUCCCGCCUACGAGGGUAUCAUGCACCCUAUCGACGGUGUUUUCGCCAAGUACAAGGUGGCUAUUCCUAUCGGCUAUGCCAUUUGGGCUACUGGCGCCAUCCCCAGCUGGGCCUUCAUGAUCUUCAUCAGCAUGUUCAGCCGCACCUUUAUGGGUCGUCGCAUGACAAAUGUUCAGGGAUCUGGUAACGCUCGCACUGCCCCCGCAGGCAGCGCAAACUAG